AAAAAAAAAAAAGAAGCUAUAUCUGUUACCCAGAUUCCUGCUGCUGUCCCUGUGACUCUUAUCCUUACAUCCCAGGAUAAUUUUAUCCCCAUUCUCCAGCUUGGGAUUGCUAUAGGGCUAGACGGAGCCUGAGCCAGUCCCGGCUGCCAGGUGAUGCCUGGACCACGGCAAAAUCCAGGUGCCAGUGUUCUCUCGCACGCUCUCUCUCAGGCCACCCAGGAGCCAUAGCUUCCCUUUCAGGGUCUUCUGGCACAGGGGCAGUGGUUGGGCAGCAGGGAGGCGAGAGAGAAGGAUCAUUCUGGGUUGUGGGUAAGGGCCAUAUGGUGACCAGAAGGUCUCUGUACUCUAUCUGAGGCCACCCCCACCAGCUGGGACAUGUUCCAAGCCAUCCUGUUGCAGCUCGCUCACCUGGGGUGCUGCUGUCUGAUGGGCUUGUGGCCCACUGGGCUGCCUUUCUCCCCCAGUCACAUACCAGGCUGGCGACAGGGGAUGGGGAUUAGGACUCUGCGCUAUCAGCCACUUAUAUCGUGCUACACCCCUCUGUUUGGCUGUGACACUGGCCCCCAUGCAGCGCUUCUCCUCACAGUGGAGGCAGGAGGAGGGCAGGGCCAUCUGAGAGCCUCAGGAGUGCCUCAAGCGGCCUGGCAUGUCACCAGGGAGCCGGAUGCCCAUGGCUGGCUUGCAGGUGGGAUCCCCUGCUGGCUCCCCGUUUGGCACAGCUGCUCCACUUCGACCUGGCAUGCCACCCACCAUGAUGGAUCCAUUCCGAAAACGCCUGCUUGUGCCCCAGGCCCAGCCCCCGAUGCCCACCCAGCGCCGGGGGUUAAAGAGGAGGAAGAUGGCAGAUAAGGUUCUACCUCAGCGAAUCCGGGAGCUUGUCCCAGAGUCUCAGGCAUACAUGGAUCUCUUGGCUUUUGAGCGGAAGCUGGACCAGACCAUUGCUCGCAAGCGGAUGGAGAUCCAGGAGGCCAUCAAAAAGCCUCUGACGCAAAAGCGAAAACUUCGGAUCUACAUUUCCAAUACGUUCAGCCCCAGCAAGGCAGAAGGCGAUAGUGCAGGAACUACAGGGACCCCUGGGGGAACCCCGGCAGGGGACAAGGUGGCUUCCUGGGAACUCCGAGUGGAAGGAAAACUGCUAGAUGAUCCUAGCAAACAGAAGAGGAAGUUUUCUUCAUUCUUUAAGAGCCUCGUCAUUGAGCUGGACAAGGAACUGUACGGGCCUGACAAUCACCUGGUGGAGUGGCACCGGAUGCCCACCACCCAGGAGACAGAUGGCUUCCAGGUAAAACGGCCUGGAGACCUCAAUGUCAAGUGCACCCUCCUGCUCAUGCUGGAUCAUCAGCCACCCCAGUACAAACUGGACCCCCGACUAGCGAGGCUGCUGGGAGUGCAUACACAGACACGGGCCGCCAUCAUGCAGGCCCUGUGGCUUUACAUCAAACACAACCAGCUGCAAGAUGGGCAUGAGCGAGAGUACAUCAAUUGCAACCGUUACUUCCGCCAGAUCUUUAGUUGUGGCCGACUCCGUUUCUCUGAGAUUCCCAUGAAGCUGGCUGGGUUGCUGCAGCAUCCAGACCCCAUUGUCAUCAACCAUGUCAUUAGUGUGGACCCCAAUGACCAGAAGAAGACAGCAUGUUAUGAUAUUGAUGUGGAGGUUGAUGACCCACUAAAGGCCCAGAUGAGCAAUUUUCUGGCCUCUACCACCAAUCAGCAGGAGAUUGCCUCCCUUGAUGUCAAGAUCCAUGAGACCAUUGAGUCCAUCAACCAGUUGAAGACCCAGAGGGAUUUCAUGCUCAGCUUUAGCACAGACCCCCAGGACUUCAUCCAGGAAUGGCUCCGUUCCCAGCGCCGAGACCUGAAGAUCAUCACUGAUGUGAUUGGAAAUCCUGAGGAGGAGAGACGAGCUGCUUUCUACCACCAACCCUGGGCCCAGGAAGCAGUGGGGAGGCAUAUCUUUGCCAAGGUGCAGCAGCGAAGGCAGGAACUGGAACAGGUGCUGGGGAUUCGCCUAACCUAACUGCUCAGGGAUCGCUUCCUUUCUUCCUAGCCCUGGAGCCUGGAAGCAGAGCCCUCUCUGGGUCUUGGCUGAGGCUGCAGACACGUAGGAUGGGGUGAGGGGUGUCUGCUGUCACCCUCUACUCCCAGCAUUAGUUUCACAAAAGUAGUGAUAGGAUUCCUUAUUGCUUGGUCCCCAAAGCCUUAUUACUUACUUUUCGCGUUGGCUUUAAUGGGGUUCUUACCAGAUGAUGCCACCUCUGCCCCCAGCAGGUGGGCCCAAGUAGGACUGCUGGAGGCUAUAUGCUUUGACUUUGUAACUGAGACAUUUUUGAACCAAAGGCGGCUGGGUUUGCAUGUUUACAGACUUCCCUCUGGGGAGAGUGUUGGAGCUGGGUGAGGCAGUGGUGGCACAGCCCAGACUCUUCCUAGCCUUUCUAAACCAAAGUUCUUUGCCAUUCCUACAAACCCAGCCUUGCUGCUGGUUUUUUCCUUUGGGUAUUUGCACUAUUUGGGGAGCAAAUUUUUCUAUGUGGGAGCCACUUUUUUAUACAGGGGUAAGUUGGGGUUUUUCAUGGAGCCCUGUUUGGUGCCUCCUUAUUUCUUUCCUCAAUCUAUGCAAGCGGCUUUGGCCGCCAUCAUCUCCUGGGAUGCCAGAGGGCUGCCUCCCCAGAUACUUCGGCCUGAGGGGGUAAAGCCUCCUAGAGGGGACACUGCAGUUCUCUAGCAUGGCCUGAGGUAUGGGUGUGUGCAUGGUGGAGGGCACAGGAAGUGGGGCUGGGAAGAUUGUUGUUGCCCUUUGGGGCUUGGCAAAUGCCACUUCUGGCAGGUUUGGAAACUCCCAAAUAAAUCCUUUUUUGUUUA